ACUUGCCUCUAAACCACCAUCUCGUUGUCGUCGUCUCUGGCGCCGAACUCGUUCCUCGCCUGUACAGCGACGCAACGUCCGUCUGCGUACUUGAUAAACACAUCUUGAACAGCGGCGCUUGCUCCAAUAAAACAUGGCCUAUGCCCAAGCAUUUCCGCUUGCACCGUCUCAAGCAAAAGCACCACCACCGCCGACAUUCGGCCCUGACCUCGCUGUUCGCCUCAUCUGUCCUGAAUGCAGAGACCCCAACCCUCAGAUUGCUGAAGAGUUUGGUUCCGGCGACCUUGUUUGUCGGAAUUGCGGAUUGGUGUUGGGUGAUCGUAUUGUAGAUACGCGGAGUGAAUGGCGUACGUUUGCCAAUGACGAAGGAGAUGACCCAUCUCGUGUCGGUGCAGCUAGCGAUCCAUUGAUGGAGGGCAUGGAGCAGCUGGACACGGUGAUCAGUUUUAGGGAUGGCGGGAACGGUCUGUCACGAGAACUUCAACGCGCUCAGUCCCGCGGGCAGGGCUCGCGGCAAGAGCGAAAUCUCAUGGUGGCAUUCCGCGACAUCUCCAGCUGGUGUGACCAGUUUUCUCUUCCCAAAACCAUCAGUGAUAUCGCCAAGCAACUCUUCAAGCGUGCUGAACAAGAAAAAAUUCUCCGGGGCAAGCCUAUGGACGCCAUCAUCGCGGCCUGUAUCUUCAUAGCAUGCAGACAGGCACAUGUGCCGCGAACGUUUCGAGAGAUAUGUAAUCUCACGCAUGUCUCAAAGAAAGUCCUUGGGCAGUGUUACAAAUCUCUUGAACAAGCUUUCAAUCUCACUCCUGGAGCCUCGGCAGCUCAUCCAUCAUUAGCACCGGCUACUGGUCCAGAGUCCCUCGUCGUGCGUUACUGCAAUCACCUGGAUCUUCCUCCGAAUUUCCAGGCCAUAUGCUCUGAUAUCAUCAUUGCUGCACGUGAGUUGGGCAUUGGUGAUGGAAGGAGUCCGGUUUCUAUUGCGGGAGGCGCAAUAUACUUCACCUGUCUUUUGCUUGGGAAGCCGAAGUCCACGAGGGACAUUGGCGCCGUUGCUGGUGUUAGUGAUGGAACGAUUAAGCUUGUCUAUCGCUUAUAUCUUGCGGAGAAGGACAAGUUGGUGAAGCAGAAGUGGAUUGAUGAAGGGAAGGCCAACCCAGACAAUCUGAAAGACGCUGUAUAGAUCAUUCAUUCUCUCCUUUCUUUGUUUAUGGAUUCACGAUCGUUCUACAAUGUAUCUACAUAGUCAUUGGUCAUAACUCACAUAAAAUAUUAAUAUUUGUUGGACAACUCU